AAAGGACGCAGUGACGUCACCAGCUCCGACACACAUGUGUUCGAGGAGAGUGGCGUAGUGAAGAGUGUUAAUAUUUCACUUACGUUAAGUCACUUUAGGAAGUUUAAUGAAGUUUAAUAAAGACACAGUGUUAGCUAUGGAACGUGAAAUGACUGCCUUGAGCGGGAAAGCAGUGAGAUAACCCGAACACCAGGCUACACACACGAUGAAGAACAGAAGUGGAAGAAGAGAAAGGAAGAAGAGAAGGAAGAAACGAGUAGAGACGAUAAAUGUGACGCUGUCUCAUGAAGCACCCUUCGUGGACUUGAGAAGAUGGCUUAAACAAAAAGGAUUCAGCUCUAAGUGUUUAAUUCCAGCGAGCUUUACAGAUACAGGAAGAGGGCUGAUGGCUACACAACCCAUUAAGGCCAACGAGUUGGUGAUUUCCUUACCCGAGAGGUGUUUGCUGACUACAAGCUCAGUUCUGAAGAGUUACAUGGGCGAAUACAUAAAGAGGUGGAAGCCACCAGUAUCUCCUCUCAUCGCACUUUGUUCUUUCCUUAUUGCUGAGAGAUAUUACGGAGAUUCGGCAGAAUGGAGCCCUUACAUUAAAGUCCUCCCGAAAUCCUAUACAUGCCCAGUUUACUUCUCAAAUGACAUCAUGGACCUCUUGCCUCUAGAUGUACGGAAAAAGGCUGUGACACAAAAAGAACAGUUCGAGGAGCUUUAUUCCUCUUCGCUGCCGUUCUUCUUGUCCCUUCAGCCCAUUUUUACUCAGCCUGUAGAGGUAGUGUUUACUCAGGAUGCAGUCCGGUGGGCAUGGUGCAGUGUCAAUACUCGUACGGUGUAUAUGGAGCAGGCCCAGAGCGAUUUCCUCUCACGGGAGAAGGAUGUCUUUGCACUGGCACCUUAUCUGGACUUACUGAACCAUUGUCCUGAGGUACAGGUUCAUGCAGGGUUCAACGAGCUGUCCCGUUGCUAUGAGAUCAGAAGUGUUCACGGCUGUAAGAAAUUCCAGCAAGCCUUCAUCUGCUACGGUCCCCAUGACAACCAGCGGCUCGUUUUGGAGUACGGUUUUGUUGCUUCUGGUAAUCAACACAGCGUGGUGUACGUUGACUUGGGAACUCUGAAGAUGUGUCUUAAGGAAGCAGACAGACAGCUAGAGCAGAAACUUCUCUUCCUGAAGGACAAUGAUUUUCUAAGAAACCUAACAUUUGGUGUGGACGGGCCAUCCUGGAGGCUGAUGACGGCACUUAGGCUACUGUCCAUGAAGCCAGAACAAUACUCCUGUUGGAAAAGUAUCCUCCUGGGGGCACCAGUGAGCCAGGACAGAGAGGACUGGUGCAUCCUCAAGGCCCAAAUGCUAUGCCAGCAUCUCUGUGAUGACAAUAGCAAUGCUCUUGCGAGGAUAGCUCAGCUCAAAGAUGGUGCUGACGGGGCUCGGCUGGAGCAGCUCUGCUUGGUCGAGGGUCUGAGACGAGAGGAACAAGCGAUUUUAGAACGCUCCAAACAAGUUCUCCGAAACCUUCUGCCUCAGUCAUCGCCAUGGUGACCAAACAGGACUCAGAACAUGGAACAUUAAAGGAUCCGGAGGAUAUUGUCACUACGUGUGUUCCUGCCAAGACCUGGAGAACUGAGCCAAGUCAGAGCAAAGGGAACUGUGACAUUUCUUGGUAUGAAGAAUAGCUACUCACUAUGGGAGCUUUGGAGUUUGGUGUGUCGGUCUUAAAAAUAAGCAAAUUUUUUUGUGCUGCUGGGUUUUCUUCGUUCCUCAUCUUACAAAUGUUCAACAGACUUGGUCUAAACAGGAGCAUGUCAGUUUGGAAACUUCUGGAAUGGACAUGAAGAGCUGGCGGGUAUCAAUAGGCUAGCAGGGUUAAACCGUUCCUGUGUCUUUCGAAGAUUAAAGUUAACAUCAAUGUAA